AUGAGUUCGGAAGAUAAUAAUGAUAAAGGACACUUACAAAUCCCACAGAAGACAUUGUCAGAAUAUUCAGAAGAGUUAGAAAGGAGUUUGAUAAAAUACAAAAUAGAUAAUUUCGAUUAUCCUAAAUUUAAUAAUAAGAAAAUCAUCGGCAAAGGUGCAUCUGCAAUUAUAUACUCAGCUACUUUUGGCGGAAAGACAUAUGCAUUAAAAAGUCUAGACAAUUAUUUGCAUUUUGAUGAAAAAUCAUUUAAAAAACUCAUUCGAGAGAUUAACAUUCUCGGCAGUGUUAAUCAUUCUAAUGUUAUUAGAUUUUUCGGAACUUCAAGAAAUCAUGAAACGGGUAAUUUUAUGUUAGUAUUGCAGUUUGCUGAUAACGGCAACCUUCGGGAUCAUUUGAAAAAGAAACAGAAAAAUGGAAUAUAUGAAAUUUCGUGUGCUGAAGUUUUUGACAUAGCAACGCAGAUUGCCAGUGGAUUGAAAUACUUGCAUGAUAAGGACAUCAUUCACCGAGAUUUGCGUCCGACAUUGAAAGAAAUUUUAAACGUGCUUAAGAAACUAUCUAAAGAAAUAUCUGCUGAGAACAUCACAAACUAUGUUGAACAUGUUAAGUUAUACAACGAGCAAAUUACAUCUAAAGGCGAAUACGAACCCAUUACAAAACAUUAUUUAUUAAUUGAAAAAAUUAUCAAAGAAUUCAGCGUUGACGUUUAUGACUAUAAUGAAUUUCGCUUUAACGAGAGUGGAUCUGGACAAUCUGAAACUGCUUAUAGUAAGAGUCUCGGUGAAAAGACUAUUUUAAAUAAUCUAAAGGUUGACUCAAACGUUAAUGAAGCGACAGUCCGACAAUACAUUCAAGAAGUUAUUAUAAAUUUUAAUAUAUAUCAUAUCUGUUCAAUGGAAACGUUUUAA